CGAAGCAGAAGUUUCUGGAGAUGUUGCAGCCCUUCAGGCGAGGAAUUUCUGGAGGAAUGUUCCGACGAAGAGCCUUGACAAAGCUAACGUUUAUCAACUCACUGCUUGGACAUCCAGUACUUCAAAGUUUACACAUAAAAGUUGGAGACAAAGCUGAACUUACCAAAGCUUUUACACAGAAUGAUGUUGUUACUUUUUCCUACUUAACAGGUGACACAAAUCCUUUGCAUUUAAAUGAAGAGUUUGCAAAGAAGUCUAGGUUUGGGAGAACUGUUGUACAUGGAGUUCUGAUCAAUGGACUUAUUUCUGCAGUUCUAGGUACUAAAAUGCCUGGUCAAGGGUGUAUAUUUCUCUCCCAGGAGAUCCGGUUUCCAGCUCCUUUGUAUAUUGGUGAAGAAGUCACAGCUGCAGCAGAAGUGAAACGGCUGAAGGGUUCUAUUGCACACAUUUCAGUAUCAUGUCAGGUCAGAGAAAGUGGGAAGACUGUUAUGGAAGGGAUGGUGAAAGUCAUGGUGCCGGACAGUUAGAGCUGUUCAGCCUGUGCUACUUUACUGUAAAGGCCAGAAAUUCUUGGUUUUGAUUUUGUCUUUUUACGUGACAUCACUCAAUCCAGUAAAUUUGCAACAAAAAAUGCUUGAAAGACAGUGUACAAACUUAAUCCUGAUAGAGCUGCAUUAAGCUUAAAACUUUUCAUUUUCCUCUAUGUAUUGUCAAAGUGAAACCAGCAGAACUACGUACUUACUGUGACAAAAGAGGAAAAGUGGCUUAGACAAGCCAUUGCUCUGCUACAGUGGGAAUUCUGGAGUGGCUGAGGCUGUUCUUUCUGGCAAAAUCACAGUCCACACCAGCAAAGUUCAGUUAAAACUUGUUCCUUUUGUACAAAGCAGUUGUAUUGCCAACAAGCUCCAGGGGAGGGGACAAUGCUGCAUUUAACAAGUGGGACAGAAGUGGAGGUACUGACACACGUGUACUGCAGGAUGUGUUGUAAUCUGCAUGACUCCUGUGGGUGUUUCCUCUGAAAUUUGCCUCCCAGAAGCAGAGUGAAGGAGCCUUUAAAAAAAAAUAUUGUCACAACUUGUGCUUACUGUAUUUGUGCUCCUGAGGGCAAGACAAGCAGGGACAUAUGAGUUGAGUACUAACUGUAUGGCUUCUCUCUGCUUGCUUGUCUGUGUGAACAUGUAUUCCUCCUUGCCCACUGAAAGGACCUUGUUAAAAUAGGCUUUUGGUAAAUUCAUUACCAGCAUAAGAUCAUUAUACACUAAGAGACUUCUUUCAGGAAUGAUCAAUGCCAUCAGGAAGAAGGCCUUCAGUUGGUGGCUUAUAAUUUUCUGGCAAAGCAUCUGUUAUCCUUUCUAUCUUCUGUGCAGCAGAAAUGCAUUUGAAACUUUCCUUGACUGCAAAUAACCUCAGAAGUUGUUUGCUGUGAAAAGAGAGUUUGUCCUCAACCUGUAAUGAAAAUUACUGGUAAAACAGGU